AUGCAGCCACAUAUAGACGAGUGCAAAGACACCUCUGUGUGCGGCCCCAACGCAAACUGCAGCAACACGGUGGGAGGAUACAGCUGCUCCUGUGACCAUGGAUACAGAGCCCCCCCAGGGGUCAUUCUCACCAACUCCACAUACCCCUGCCAAGAUGUGGAUGAAUGCAGGGAGAACCCUACAAUCUGCGGCUCAAACGCAACCUGCAGCAACACCGCUGGCAGCUUCACCUGCGAGUGUAAGGAGGGAUUCAUUCCCAGCCCGGGGCCCGAAUGGAAGCUGGGCGUCACCACCUGUACAGGUGGGACAGAGGGAGAAGGAGAAUGUAAGGGUAAAUCAGAGGAGCAGUGCCAGCUGGACUCUCUGGAUAAUCUGCUAGACAACAGCAGCUCACUGUGGAAGGGGGAGGUGGGAGAGAAGCAGAUAGAUGUUGCACUGAAGAUCCCAGAGAAGCUGGCGUUAGCGCUGGUGAAGCCCACGCAAACCCAGAGCAGCAUCCACCUCUCUACCGAAAAAAUAGAGGUGCAAACAUUCGCCGUUGGGCCAAAAUCCAACCUGACAGAAACACCUCAGCUAAAAUCCAGAGACAACCUUCUGGAAAUUGAUCUACUCGGCAUUGCUAAGAAUAACAAUGGAUCUGCAGCAGUGGUCUUCAUAGCCUAUGCCAACAUGGAGGAUGUGCUGAAGGCUGAAUUCUUCCACACGGAAAGAGAGACCAAUAAGACCAUGAUGUCCGAUGUCGUCUCUGCCUCCCUCUCCAAUACCAAAAACACAACAUUGCUCAAACCAGUCAACUUUACCCUGAGACACCUAAAGCAGGUGGACCCUGAGGGCCAGCUCACCUGUGUGUACUGGAAUCAUAACGGGUGGAUCGUGGAUGGCUGUAAGCUCACAGAGACCAAUUCCAAUUACACCGUGUGCACCUGCAACCACCUGUCCACCUUCGCCCUCAUCAUGCAGACGGGCACACCACCUGAGGAUGACAUCAUCUUGAAGUGGAUCAGCAUGAUUGCAUUGUCAGUGGGGCUGCUGUGUCUGGCCCUGGCCAUCCUGACCUUCAUCCUCUGUCGCUGGAACCCUAAAGUCAGCAACACAGCACGCCUCAACCUCUCCAUCUGCCUCUUCCUGGCCCACCUGCUCUUCCUGCUGGUGCAGAGUUUCCUCUCUCACAUCCAGAAGCACAAGCUGGUGUGUGCAGUGAUCUCGGGCGUGCUGCACUUCCUCUUCCUGUCCAGCUUUGUGUGGAUGUUCCUGGAGGCUCUGCAGCUCUUCCUGUUGGUGCGCAACCUGCAAGAAGUUAGGGUUAUACAGAGGGAGGGAAUCCACUGGGGCUUCCUGCUGCUGAUUGGCUACGGCAUCCCCUGCCUGGUGGUGGGUGUGUCUGCAGGACUGGUUCCCAAAGGAUAUGGCAGUGACCAAUGCUGGCUGAAGGCUGAUAAGGGCUUCAGAUGGAGUUUUUUGGGGCCAGUGUGUUUUGUCCUUGCAGUGAAUGUCAUCCUCUUUAUUACCAUCAUUGGAUACCUGCGGUUUGCCUUGGCUAGCCAGAACAAGGAAAUCUCUCAACUGAAAGACACCAGGAUGAUGGUGGUGAAAAUACUAUUCCAAUUCAUCAUUCUUGGUUGCCCCUGGAUACUCGGCUUCUUUGUGAAUAACAGCAAGAUGCUGGAGUAUCUCUUCCUGCUUAUAACCUCCCAGCAGGGCACAUUCAUCUUCCUGGUGCACUGCGUCUUCAGAAAAGAGGUUCAGGAACAGUACAGGAAGUGGUGGAACAACAUCUGCGGUUCCAAGGUUGCCUCUGAGUCCUCCCACUCAUUUACGACAUUCACAACGUCCCAGACCGCCACAAAGUAAGAGUCCCCACCUUCGGGACCUGGAGCUUCAAGAAGCAGAUGUGAAAUUUUGACGAGCUGACCUCUCAUGUCUUCUGUGCCUUUUUUCUUGCUGUUUCUCAGAAUACAGAA